AUGCCGUUGAUGACAAUGUGCACGUGGAUGGACGAACAACUAACAUGGACGCCGUCAGAUCAUGGAGGUAUUGAGGAGAUUGCGUUCUACCAGAACGAAGUUUGGAAACCUCCGUUGAGCCUUGGUACUCCAAUCGAAUUUGUUAUCAUGCAAAACGACAUGAUGCAUGUGAUUGUGAUGCAUAACGGAAUGGCCAUGAUGUCCCCUGGAAAUAUCAUCGAGAGCGCCUGCACUUUUAACAUGAAGUUCUGGCCCUUUGAUAAACAGGUGUGUGAUGUCAGCUUCUGGGCCUACGAUGUUAUAGACAACCAAGUGGAACUAAACAUUCCUGACGACGGUUUUGUCAGCCUUGUGAACAAAAACGCUGAGUGGAUAUUAGAAUCUACGAGGUUCUUCAAACGGCAGUCUGGAAUGAUGAAUGAAAUUGUUUUUCGGCUGUAUCUAAAACGCCAGUCAGGGUUUUAUGUUUUGACCAUUAUGCUACCAAUAAUUGGCUUGUCAAUUCUUGGAACAAUGGCUUUCCUUCUUCCCGUCGACUCCGGAGAGAGGGUCGGGUUUUCAGUAACAGUUAUGCUAUCACUGUCAGUGUUUCUUACAGUUAUUGCAGAAGAAAUGCCCAAAACAUCGGAUCCCAUUUCCAUAGCCGCAGUGCUUAUUGUUUUUCAGACGGUCUGUGGGUUAUCUGAGACUAUGAUCGCUAUUCUCACCGUGUUUGUGUAUCAAAAAGAUGAAAAAGAAAAACUGCCUAGCUGGGGUAAAGCGUUUAUAAGGGCAAGGAAAUGCUUUAAUAACAAAGUAGAAGAUGAGGUCCAUAACGAUAAUGUUGAGGCAAUGAAUGAGUCUACAUCCGGGAACCUCAAACAAAGAAAUCAAUUACUGGAUUCAAACAAAGGUAUCACUGAAGAAAGGAAAGCUGAAAGAGCAAAUGACAUUGAUAACGACCAAGAUGAAGAUGGAAAUGAAACUUCUGAAUGGUUGAAGAAAAAACGUAAAACCAACACUGGUGAUUACACGUGUUAA